AUGGAGCAACCAUCAAUAGAGUUUCAACAUCCAAGAAUCUCAUAUAAGGAGCUCAGUACUUCAACUAGUGGAUUUGGCAAGGGCAACUUGCUAGGAGUUGGUGGCGUUGGCUCUGUAUAUAAAGGAUUUUUGGAUAAUAGAAUAUUGAUAGUUGUUAAGGCUCUCGAUUUGGAAAAUGAAGCAGCUCAUAAAAGUUUCAGCAUUGAAUGCCAAGUGCUUAGUAAAGACAAACAUCGAAAUAUAAUAAAAAUCAUAACUUCAUGCUCUAAUCUUGACUUCAAAGGUUUGGUUUUUGAGUUCAUGCCUAGUAGAAGUCUGGAAGAGCAUUUGCAUUGUGAUGCUGGCAAAUUUAAUAUUGGGAGUGUCUGUAAAAUGAAUUUACAGACACGAUUACAGAUAGCCAAGGACAUUGCAUGUGGUUUGGUUUAUCUCCAUCAUGAUUGUUCAAUUCAAGUUGUUCACUAUGAUUUGAAGCCCAACAAUGUACUUCUGGACUUCUAUAUGGCAGCACAUAUAGCUGAUUUUGGAAACACCAAUAUACUAUCUGAAGGCCAAGGCUCUGUGCAUUCACUUUCAACAUCAACAACACUGAAAGGUGGUCUAGGCUACAUUGCCCCUAGAAAUGUGGAACAACCAUCAAUAGAGUUUCCACAUCCUAGAAUCUCACAUAAGGAGCUCAGUACUGCAACUAAUGUAUUUGGCAAGGGCAACUUGCUAGGAGCUGGUGCCUUUGGCUCUAUAUAUAAAGGAGUUUUGGAUUAUGGAACAUUGAUAGCUGUUAACACUCUCAAUUUGGAGGAUGAAGCAGCUCAUAAAAGUUUUAGCAUUGAAUGCCUAAGUGCUCAGUAA